AUGGUUCUCAAGGUCUAUGGCUCCGCCAUGGCCACUUCCCGUGUUCUCACCACACUCAUCGAAAAAGAGUUGCCGUACGAGUUCAUCAAAGUCGACAUAUCAAAGGGCGAACAAUACCACGAGGAUUAUAAGAAGUUGCAGCCAUUCGGCAAAGUGCCAGUUCUUGAUGAUGAUGGCUUCAUCAUGUAUGAGAGCAGAGCCAUCUGCAAGUAUCUUGAUAAAAAGUACCCGUCCGGCAAGAAAUUGAUUCCUGAGAGCGACGCUGCAGCUUAUGGCCGCUUCGAACAGGCCUGUUCAAUGGAGCAAAGCUACUUCGCUACAGCGGCUGAGACUGUUGGAAUCGAGCUUUUCAUCAAACCGAUGAAAGGGCUAGGCGAGCCAGAUAUGGUGCGGGUCGCGCAGGCGGAGGCAGACUUCGAUAAGGUCCUAAGUGUAUAUGAAGAGAUACUGGCGAAACAGAAGUACCUUGCUGGGGAUAAGUUCACUCUGGCCGACUUGUUCCAUCUGCCGAAUGGCGCAGCUAUGAAAGCUGGGAAAUGGAACGAGAUAUUUUCGAAGCACCCUAACGUAGACAGAUGGUUCAAGGGUUUGCAGGCCAGGGAAUCUUGGGUGAAAGCUUCUGCACAGGCGGGAGCAAUCCCCUGA